AUGAGAAGCUCACACAGCAAUACAGGACUACCUCCUCUCCCAACAACCGCUCAGCUCCCAAUCAUGGAAGAGCCCACAACCGUCCCACAAAACUGAGGAAAAGGAUUAGCCAACAGCUUUUCCCGAAUCUCUUUGCGACGAUCUCGGCCUACUUGCACGGGGAGGAAAAACAUCCGAAAGACAUCAUCCGCUCAAGACACACUUGAGAGAGAUCACCGAAAUGUGCAGCAAAGUGCAAGUGACCGUGGAAGAAUCCAAGCUGAAAGUGGAUAGUUGAGACAAGUCAUCAUCCGCUACCACCACAGCAUCUCUCCACUACAUUUGCGAAGCAAUCGCAAACAUACAGGGCAUCAGCGACUUGCUACCAACCACUCGACCUUGAUACACGACUUGGAUGAUUGCAACAGGGACCGGGAUGCUGUACGAGCCUCCCUCGAGAACUUCAUCACUCGCUGUACCCGGAACACGUGUUCCUCCGUGACUGUUCACGCUGUUGGAAUUUUCCACGAAGUUCCAUAGCGAUGACAACGCAGAGAAUCCACGCGAUUCUGCACUCAGAAAAGGAGUCAUGGAUUGGGAUAGAGGUCAAGACAACUGGACUGAGCAUUAAGCAGGCUGGAUGGAGUACUAUCCAAGCCAACAACCGCUAACUUGCCCAUGUAUCAGCAUCCGGAUCUCACAACCGCUCUUCAUGACCGCCGCGAACAACGCAUUAUCCGAAAGCUGUCUCAACGCUCCACAAUCAUCCUGAUUUUCGGAACUUGAGUUAUCCCGCUGAGGAAAUGCAAACGCUCGUCAUCAAUCUCGAACAAUUGGUUCGGCAUCCGCUUCACUCAUCACAAUAA